CUCAUUCAUGUCACUCGUUCCCUAACAAGUUAUGGCGCAACCACGACUGUAAAACCUGGUUCCAUACGACUGACGCCUAAAAUCACAUUCGCUAUGCUCCAACUAUCCACGACACCGCGUUUCCUAUCCUAAGUCUCGGCGCGUGAAUCCAUGAUGGUGGUGGUACACCACGACCACGAAAAGGCAUCACGCUACAUUGAGCACUUGGACUCUGCUCGUACCUCCACUACCUGGUCCGAAGUCCCCGAACUCAUAAGAAAGGUCUCAAAGCACGCCCCAAACCGAAAAUGUCUGAUCCAAGCUGCACAGCUAGACCUCGAGAUAUCAAGCUACAUUAGCAACACCAGACGACCUGGAACCGCCCAAUCAACUCAGUCCUCUCCCGAGUCCCUUGCCUCAGCCCUCGCGAAUGAGCUCCUUGCUGUCGACCACGAUGAAGACAAGUUUCAGGCAUAUGGAGCCAUAUUAUGGGGAAGAUGGUCAUUUGCACAAGAGAAAUCCGGACCUCUGAUCGAUUGGUCCUUCGAUCCGCCACGGGCGGCCGCCGACGCCAACUCCGUCUGGACUAAGAUCUGCGUCUUGAAGUCGGUCUAUAUACAGGGAAUGCUCUUGCGGCAAACCGGCGAGUCCAACAAGAGUCAACAACUCCAUCAGUCGCUUCUUCCUUGGCUAGACUCAAACAGGAGUCUCGUGGUGUCGACUGCCCAGCUUUUGUACUGGGCUCAGCAACUCCUGGCACAGGUGGCGCUGAGUACUUCUAUCUCCCAGCCUGAUACCGUGGUUUUUGACGAAUCUUCAUCCUUCCGUUUGCAAGCGUUUAGACACUGGGCCAUCCUGGCCGCUAAGAGCAGCCCCGUCAAGGACACGACUGCAUUGGCAUCGACUUAUGGCAACAUGGCCGGACAUACGUCCGACCUAACUUUGUGGAAAAGAUACUUUCAAUUCUUGUCUGGCAUUCUCCAUCGACAGCCAGGAGCCUCGAAAUAUGUCGCUAUCACCCAAAGAGAUCUAGCUGUGGAACUUCGUCGAGUGGAAACAUCUUACGAGAGCGAGCUACUGAGGCACCGCCAAUUCCCAAAAGCCGACGAAUCUAAUGGCCCAAUUGAAGCUUGGGUUGAGGAGGUCGUAUCUAAUUGGAAAGUGAUGUGCGGUAGUGGCUGGUCAGAAUCAGAUCUCGGCGAGGGUGGUCGCAACUCGGUGAGCAGAAAUGUUCUGGACAUCCUCUACCGUGCGGCGACCAAGACCUUCCACUCAACCUUGAUCCUUCGCCGACUUUUCCAAGUCCACAAGAGUGUCACGGAUUUUGACCUCUCGUACAAGGCGCUGGACACAUACAUUCAACUCAUGGAUAAAGGAAGAGCACGAGCGGCCAAGUCAACUGAAGUGGUCACUGCACAAGAUGAUGACCAAACAUACAUUGAGACUAUUGCCGAGGGAAUCGAGGGCUUGUGUUCAUUUGGAGGAAGAGAUGAAGCAGAAAAGGCAUUCGACCUAUCAACGAAGCUCGAAGAUCUUCUCGAUGAACUCGAGCCCGAGUCUCCCGACGCAACGCCAAAUGGCCUUGCCCCCGUCAAGGACGAAAUAAAUGGAGUUGCAAGCACAUCUGCGUCAUUAUCCUCAGAAGCCCUUGAUACUGCGUAUCGUGCAGUCGGCAUUGGAAAGGCACACUGGGCACAUUGGACACCUUAUGGAGAACAAAGGUCAAGUUUGCAGUCUGAAGCGAUAGAAGCAUUGCAAAAGGCGGCUCGACAGAACAUUCCAAUUGAACAGCAUCUUGGUACAUUCUAUGCCUUGGCUCGACUACUGGCAGAGACCAGGGAGGUCGCCCAAGCCAUUGCGGUUGUGAAGACCGCUUUGGCAUCUGGACGCUCGGGAAAUGGCGAGCCUGUUUCCUACCUGACCCAGCGCAAUCUCAUUCCAUUUUGGCAUCUUUUGUCGUUGCUGCUGACAUCACGACAAGAUUUUGCCACAGCCGCUCAGAGUUGUGCAGCAGCCGUGGAACAAUUUUCCCCUCCACAAAUAUUGUUUGGCAACUCCUCGGGCAAUUCGUCCAAUGUUGGCAACAAGGGUGAGGAAUCCGGACUUAAGGCUGGAUUGGUCGACGAUAUGGAGUGUAGUGAGCUACAAAGGCUGAUUGAAAUUCGCAUCACGGAACUGUCUCUUACCGAGGUCAAUGAAGGUCCCGAGCAUGCAGUUAACAGCAGCAAUGAUCUGCUCGCAUUGUACCUACGGCUCUUUGGACGAUUCGGUGAAGUUGGUGGGCCGGUCACUGUCUCAAAAUCGAAAGUGAGCCAGCCGCCGAGGAGCUCUGCGGGUACGGUCAAGAGCUCUCGUGCCAGCAUGUUUUCUCGGAACAGAGGCGUUCAUUCAAAUGAAACCGUUAGAGCGCCAAAAGACUCUUCGAUUGCCGAGGAAAAUGCUCGACCAAACACACAGGCCACGACAUCGUCUCACGCACCCACGAUCCAAGUGACGAGUAACGAUGACGCGUCAUCACCUCACAAACACCGACUGUUUCGGUCAUCACACGAGCUCAAACGACACGAGAAGAGAACAUCUUCUGGGAAUACACCUGCUGGUGACACGCGGAGAAGGCUUUCGAGAUCUGGGAGUCGCGGAAGACAAGUUGAAAAAUCCCCAAGUCGUGAAUUGGCGACUGCGGCUGGAGCACACAAAAAGGAAGCGGCCAGACCACCAACUUCGACGGAGAACAAUUUACAAGAGGUCCAGAACAUAUCUUCUGACCAAGUACCCGCGAUUCCUGCGAGCACUGGCCACGAUUCUAGCGAGAAUGCAAAGCAGAAACUGAAUGCCGUGCCACACAACCUAGCGGCCCAUGAUGAGGUGCCAGAACCGGCGAAACAUGAGCACCAACCACCUGAGCAGGACGUCAGAUUGCCUGAGGGAGAAGCAAGCACCUUUGAAUCUCGACUCGUGACGCGAUUUCCCAAGUCCGCCAAACAAAGGCACGCCAUGAGCAUCCUGGUCAAGAUCUGGUUGGCUGUUGCGAUGUUGUAUCGACGAUCAAAAAUGUUUGAAGAUUCGCGAGAAGCAUGUGAUGAGGCUGCCAAGAUUGCGCAGAAGAUUGAGACCAUGAUUGCAAGUAGGGAGAGCUCAGGAAGGGCAUUUAGCGAAGCGGGAUGGGGAGGAGGUGGGAAGAGUUCGGAUGAACUGUGGGCUGACGUGUACUGCGAGCGUGGGGAGCUCCUGGUUGCCAUUGCUCUAGAAGCGGAAGAGAAGGAGGAGAGGGCGAUCUCUGAAGGCAUGCGGGGAGCCCUGGACCAGUACGAACAAUGCUUGAUGUAUUUCAACAACCAUGCUGGGGGGAUUGUUGGAUUGAGCAACAUUCUCCUGGACUAUUACGAACGCAAAGUGGAGCUGGCCAAAAAGGUGGAGGGUGGGAAGACAGAAGAGGUCACGCACCGGAGACUGAGCAUCGACGAUGGGUUUGGGGAUGACAAAUUUCGACCUCAACAUCGACGCAACCUUUCGAGAAUGUCAGAGGAUGUCCCCAUCAACGGGGCGUCUGACAUCAGGGGUGGUGACUUCCACAGCAACGCGCAUCACCUCGGUAAGGACGAGGAACUGAAGAAGACGCCGGAGAAUCUCAACCGACUGGCUGCAAGGGAUCGGGCAUAUGGCUUGUUGACGACGUUGACCAAAUUGGGGAGUGGGUGGGAUAAUUCUGAGGCAUGGUUGGCAUUGGCGCGAGCACAUGAACUAGGCGGCGAGGUUGAUAAGGCAAAAGAGAUCUUGUGGUGGUGCGUUGAAUUGGAAGAUAGCCGUCCUGUACGACACUGGCGGAACCUUAGUGGAGGAUAUGUUUUGUGAAGUUUGAUCUCGGGUCUGGUCUUCCGAGGAGAAGGACAAUCGAACCUGAGGCUUGACAGGCAGACAGGUAGUGGUAGCCUUACACACGAGGCUCACAAAUACAACAUGUCUGCACCGCCACCUGCUAAGGUUGUGGUAAGGUACACUUUUAGGCCCUGAGGCGGUGAGGCCUGAGGCCCAGGUACUGCCUACCAGCCAUCGGGGGCCGAAGUUCAGCUCCACCUCUCGAACGCGUUCGUAGGCACUACGGAGAGGCUGUUAAACGAAAGUACUUAGUUUCUGUGUCCUGCAAUAUAAUCAUCC